AUGCAAUAGACGUAAUUUCUAGGAAAAAGAAUUAAACUUCAAUAAAUUAGUUUGACUGGGAAUUAUGAAUCUCCUCCUUUACCAUCUAUUCCAAAUGUUCAAGGUUUAUUUUCUCCUAGAUUGGCUCAUCAAAAGGAAACUAUGCGAUCACCUAGAAAAAAGGCAUAUACUAAACUAACUUAAAGUGGUAAGACUAAUGUACCUCUUAUUUCAUAAUCUUCAAGAAAUCUAGAUGGAUUUAAUAUCACUUAAUAAUUUUCCAUAUCUCCAUGCAAAAGCUACAGGAGUAGUUUGCGUUGUUUAACACCACAUGAAAUAAACUUUAGAAAAAAUCUUGAUCAUGUUUAUAUAGUUAAACAACCUAUUAAUGAGAUUAGCCAACUAAAAAUCAUGUAGAUGAGUAGAUAAAAAGUGAACAGCGGAUAUAAAGAAGAUGACAUAUAUUUGAAAAGGAAGAAACUAUUACUAGAAGCACAAAUAGCUUUGGGUGCUACUAGACUACACACACAAUUAGCAUUAUUUGAUUAUCAAUAAAUUAACUUUUUUGAGGAAAUUCCAUAAAACUGCAAACUUGUAUUUUUGGGUAAUAAAACUUAGAUGGAUUUUUGGGAAAUUGUAUUUGCUUUUCACAAUAUUGAAUGUUAAACUGAAAUUCAAAAUAAAAUCUUGAAUGUCAUGUAAUAUGUCAAUUCCAUAGAUGAUCUUCUUAAAUUCUUUUAAGAUAAAGAAAUAUUUCAAGAAGUAAUAGAAAGCAAUGAUAUUUGUAGUCCGAUGGAAAUUCUAAUUACUCCAACAACAGCAAAAUCUAAAUAAUAAUAAUUUUAAAAAUCUAACACUUCAAAUGAUUUAUAAUUCAAACUUGAUUUGGAUCUAAAAAAAAAAAUGCAUAUCUUAAAAACAGAGGAAAGUGAAGAGAUCCAAACCAUAAGGAAUAGAUUAGAUGAAAGUCUGAAGGAUUAUAAAAUGGAAGUCAAAUCAGAUGCAAUAUAAGACAUUUUAGAAAAAUAAGGUUUGAAUAAGAAUAUUAAACAGAACCAAAAAAAAUAUUUAAAACUGUCUAAUUUCAAAAGCUAAUGCAGUACAAUAGCGAAAACCUAAUCUAAAAACCAAACCUACAAAAAUCAAUUUACUAAGUUUCCUCUCUACGUAGCUUAGUCACAACCAUUAGCAACUUAUUAUAAUAUCCCAAAAUUGAUGGAAAAAACUGGGCUAAACAGAAGUGAAAUUCAUGAGAUUUACUCAAGAUAUAAGGCAUUAUUGAGUUUCGAAUGUACUUAAAUACCAGGAAUGACUAAAGAAAUGCUCCCCAAUGGAAUCAGUCGAGAUUCAUUUGCAGCAGGACUCAAUGAAUUAUCAAUGGCUCCUGCAGGAGUGAUUGAUUAAUUAUUUAAUUUGUUUGCCAUAGAAAACAGUUUGGAUUUUGAAGGAUUUCUUUAGAUUAUUAAUUUAAUUACAGCCAAGAGUAAUGAAAAAAAAAUUGAAUUAAUUUUGAAAUUAAUUGAUGAGAAUGGGAAUGGGUUACUUUCUUAUGAGGAAAUAUCCUAGAGAUGUGAGAUGAUGAUGGAUUCUAUAAUGAAGUACAAUAUUGGAGAGCCUUGCACCAAUAAUAUGGUUGAUAUCAUCACUAAAUCUAUUUUUGACGCAGUGGAGAUGAAUUAUGAUGAGGAAAUCCCAAUUGAGAAACUUAGAUAACUAAUUGAGAGUAGAAGCUAGGCAUCUAAAGCAUUAUUAAUGAUGUGCUGCGGAGAUAUUAAUUAUAUUGAUUGA